AUGAACCCUGCUGCCAGGGAUCGCCCACCCCCGCGGGGCAGAAUGUUCCACACGCUGCGCUGGCCCGUACAGGAGCUGGGAUAGCGGACUAGAUGGGCUCCCACGGCCACCUGAAAGACUACAACUCCCAGAGGCCUUUGCGCCCCCACAGCAGGGCCUCCCCGGCCACGUGCUUGCCCAAGAUGUCUCAGGCCUGGUGGGCGGGACUGGGCAGCUUUAUUAUAGUGUAGCUGUAGGGAGAGGCGCUGUCAGUCUGGGCUGGGUAAUCGCCCCCCAGGGAAGGGGGCGCUGAGAAGGGAGUCGGCUCUAGGCAGGAAGGUGGGAUUGGUGGGGAGGGGGCUCUAGGAACAGGGUAACUGAAUUGGGUGUGUUCUAGGAAGGCUGAGGCUGCACGGAGCCUAGGAGCCACUAGCAUGGAUCCAGGGAGGGGAGAAUCUCCGCAGCCCCUCCCCGGGGCUCUUGGGAGAGGGGGCAGGAAGCCUCGGAGUCGAAAGAGGCACCAGGACCAGAACCCAGAAGUCUGUCUGUCCAAAGCCUUGUCCUAUGUCCUGCGUCAUGGAGCAGCACAGUUGGGGCUGGAGAUGAGUGCUGAUGGGUUCGUAGAUGUGGCCUCUGUGCUAAGCUUGCCCCGCUUCAGGGGUGUCUCUGUGGCCGACGUGCAGCGUGUGGUGGAGACUAACGAGAAGCGCCGCUUUGCCCUCCGCCCCCACCCUGGUGAUGGGCACUUGCAGAUCCGGGCCAACCAGGGGCACUCGCUGCAGCAGGUGUCGGAGCUCGAGCUGACCCCAUUGCUGGAGCCCACAGACCUGCCCCAGACCAUGGCCCAUGGCACCUACCUGCGACACUGGCCAGCCAUCUGCCAAGGGGGCCUUUCCCGCAUGGGGCGCAACCAUAUCCAUCUAGCACCUGGGCUACCUGGGGAUGGGCAUGUCCUCAGCGGGAUGAGGCAGGACUGUGAUGUAGCUAUAGUGAUCGAUGGGCCCAAGGCAUUGGCAGAUGGGAUCCAGUUCUAUCGCUCUGCUAAUGGAGUUAUCCUCUCGCCGGGUGAUGCUGAAGGUUUCCUGCCUCCCCAGUACUUCCAAAGCGUCCUGCAGCUCCGGCCUGACAGGCGUCUGCUACCCCUCACGUGACCCACACUGGGUGGGGCCCAGCUCCAGAGCCAUGACAUGGAGAAGAAUCAGGGUGGGAGAGAGCAAUAUAAAAAACUCAAUUCUUCCAUCUGCUGCAGCCUCUUCAACUAUCUCUUUGCUAGGUUUGCCACACUUAACCCCCUCACCCUACAUGCAGCUGGGGCAAGUGGUGCUUGCAGGGGACCUGUGUCCCCUCCUUCCCUGAAUGGAGCACAUACCGGUGUGCUGGGGUGGCAAGAGGCAUGAGAAGAUGGGUGGGCUAAGGGGUAGGUUGGGCUGGGAGUGUGUAGGCCA